AUGCAGCUGUUGCGGAGCGUCGUAUUGUCGCUCCUAGCGGCCACAGCUGUGGCUCGUUCGGGUAAAGAUGGUAGAGAAAGACCAGUUAUCCAGGCUCGCGGCGCCCAGUACGCUCUCAAAGAGCCGCCGUUGACCACCCCCUGGACGGAUAAAGUGGGAACUAAUCCCUGGCCUGAGUAUCCGCGGCCGCAGAUGCAGCGAUCUCAGUGGCAGAACCUGAAUGGUGUUUGGCAGUAUCGCAAUGCCUCGAGUCUGAGCGCUGUACAGAACCCACCGUUUGGGCAGGUUCUUGGACAAGAGGUGCUCGUUCCAUCAUGUUUGGAGAGUGGACUGUCUGGAAUCCAAGGGAAUUAUAGUCUGUACUCGUGGUUCUCCACUUCGUUCAAGGUUCCUUCGGGGUGGAAGGGCCAGAACGUGCUGCUGAACUUUGGAGCCAUCGAUUAUGAAGCCACGGUAUUUGUCAAUGGCAGGCAGGCUGGUUUUCACCGUGGAGGAUACUUCCGUUUCACCUUGGACGUGACACGGUAUCUGAAAGAGGGCCAGGAAAAUGAACUGCUGGUGUUUGUGCACGAUCCGACUGAUAGUGGUAAUUAUGUUAUUCCCAUUGGCAAGCAGACUCUUCACCCGAGCCAUAUCUUCUAUACACCUUGCAGUGGAAUCUGGCAGAGUGUCUUCAUUGAGCCUGUCCAAGCAAACCACAUCACCAGAGUUGACCUUGCUGGUAACAUGGACGGUCAAGUCAACGUGACGGUUCACACCGCCAAUACCAACGUCACCACCAAUGUCCAGAUUGCCGUACACGACAACGGAAAUGUCGUGGCAACGCACAGUGGGCCUUCAAACCGGCCUUUCCAGUUCAACGUCGACUCGCCCAAGCUCUGGUCACCCAACUCCCCCAAUCUGUACAAUCUUACUGUCAAAAUGGGCAAAGACAUAGUCCAGACCUAUACUGGAUUCCGCACCAUUUCCCAGGGAACCGUGGACGGUGUGGUUCGGCCGCUGUUAAACGGCGAGUUCAUCUUCAUGUUCGGCACCCUCGACCAGGGCUUCUGGCCCGACGGUAUUUACACACCUCCCACAAAGGAAGCAAUGUUGUACGACCUGCAGGUUCUGAAGAGCCUCGGAUUCAACACGCUCCGCAAGCAUAUGAAAGUCGAGAAUGAGUUAUUCUACCAAGCAUGCGAUGAGAUUGGUCUUAUGGUGAUCCAGGAUAUGCCUGCAAUGCGCCCACUGCAGAGCAGGACCCUGCCAAACUGUACCUCCGAGACCAUCCUCCCAGAUCCGGCGCAGCAGCAGGAAUUUACACGCCAGCUGGAGUUGUUGGUCAACCAACACAAGAGCUUCCCUAGCAUCGCGAUCUGGAUUAUCUAUAACGAAGGAUGGGGUCAGAUUUUGACAUACUACCCCGAGUUUGGGCUUACCGAUCUCGUCAGACAGCUGGAUCCCACCCGGCUGGUCGAUGCGACCACUGGCUGGUUCGAUCACGGCGCCGGCGAUUUUAGUGAUAAUCACCACUACGCCAAUCCUCAAUGUGGCACCCCCUUUUACUCUAUCAACUCGAGCCCCUACGACGACACUCGGAUUGGGUUCCAGGGUGAAUUCGGUGGGCUUGGAAACAAUGUUUCCAUCGAGCACCUGUGGAACAACCAGAAUGCAAUCAACGGCAUCAACCAGACCUACGAAAUCGAUCAGACUAUCGAUGUUUGGAACUACCGUAGCCACAUGCUGCUCGGUGAGCUCGAGGACCAGGUGAAGCGAUUCGCAUGCAGUGGUGGCAUCUGGACUCAGACUACCGACGUCGAGGGUGAGGUCAACGGCCUGAUGACCUACGACCGUCGUCUCAAGCGUGUUGAUGAGGGUCAGUGGAAGGCAGACAUUCAGGCGUUAUAUAAUGCGGCAUCUGCGCGCAGCAAUGCGACCAUGUCGAGCCCCUGA